AUGAUCAGAGAAGGCGAGUUUGUGAUUCUGAAAAAGGAUAAUGUCAUGAAAGUGGUCAAAGUUCGUAAGGGCAGGUAACAAUCUGUUUGUUUCCCUAGAUGCACAUACUUAAAAUCACAUGGUUAAGCAGAAGGGGCUAUUUUCCUGGAGGGAGGAGGAUUCCAGCACCCUCAAGACCCUAGAAACCAGAUCAUCCUAGCGCCAUUCAGUUUACAUGCAAAGGGUUUUUUGCCCCUAGUGCUUGGAUCGAUCCUCCUAGUACGUAACCUAGGUUCUUCCACGAAUAUCCCCUCUGAAUACAGAAAACAGCUAAGAAAACAUAUGGCGCUAGGAUGAUCCGCCUUCUAGGAUCUCCUGGUGCUAUACUCUCCUAAGUGUUUAGAUCUUCUGCAGUUAAGUCAUCCCUCUUUGAAAUAAUGAUAUAGGAAAGAAGUAUUUGAAAAGUUGCACUUCAUGUUGGACAAUGCUAUUGGCUGUCCCUUGGGAUCCAUCUUUGAAGUUAAAGGAGGAAAAUUAAACAGAUUAGAGGGAAAAGAGGAUGUGGAUGAGCUUCUUGUGGCUAAACCCGACAGUGGUAAGUUGAAAUAAUGUGAUUAGCAAUUUCCAGGUGAGAAUAUUCAGGCAAACUCCAUAAGAAUGAUAUCAAAUCCAAAAGACCUCAUUACUGAAAUGCUGUCGAUUUAAGUUAAAUUGGAUAAGCACUGGUCUACCCAGUGGGUGGCCACAGGUUCAAAUCCAGGCCGGACCAGCAUCAGAGUCUUAUUGUGCUGUCUUAAUGAUGGCAUCUGGAGACGGUAAAACUUUGUAGCCAAACACUAAAAUCUACUCAUCUCCGAUGACUGGGCAAGAAUUUUUUCAAGACCUUGAUGUAGGACUCAAAAUGAGAGCAGGCUUUGUAUACAUCUUGAAAACCCUUGAAUUUUAGAGUCCUUUUCAAGGCCUUGAAAGUUCUUGAAAUUCUCUGUCAUUCAUUUUGGUCCUUGAAAGUCCCUGAAAUUUAACUGAAGAACAUUUUAAAACCUCCAAAAGACUUUGGCAAAUGCCAGGUUUGAAGCCAACAGAAUUGGCAUUGAGUGAAUGAAAGUCAGGUAUUGACUUACAAAUGAAAAUGGAAAUGGUUGACGUUAAGAACAAAAACCUAUUGUUAUCGGAAUAUAUUCACAGUUUAUUUGGAACAUAUGUUAAAAGUAAUAAAUUAAGUCCUUGAAAAAAAUGUGGUCCUUAAAAAUUUUUGAAAAGUCCUUGAAUUUUACACGGGAAGUGGAUGAACUCAUUGAGAAUUCUCAAGUGCAUGCACAUUGGUUGCAUGGCCAUGAUACCCCCUUCUGUGAAAAUUAAACUAGUAGCUGUGACAGACACAAUCCUCAGUUACUGAUCAUUGUACUAUUGCCUAAUUUUACAGAGGAUGACAAGAAUAACCAGUUUUUUCAAACUGAUGGCACUUCUCAGAAGCUGUCGAGAGAUGAAAUUAUGAAUCUAAAAGCACAAGGGGUCAGUGGCAAGGUAAGAGAAUAAACAUAAAUCUCUGAAGCAUUGGCUGCCAGGUAACGAAAACAACUUCGAUAUGUCUUUACCCUAUCCACCUUGACUUCAUCGCCAAUAUUUUAUUCUAGGAUAUUGUUGAACACCUUGUGGAGAAUAGUGUAACAUUCAAGGAAAGAACUCAGUUUUCCCAAGCAAAGUAUAAGAAAAGGAAGAUGAAAAAGUAA